AUGGCGGAUGCAGCUCCAGCCGGUGGACGUGGUGAAUUCCGUGGUGGCUUCGGUGGUACUAGGCGCGGUGGUAGCCGAGGAGGUACAAGAGGUCGCGGUAGAGACCGUGGACGCGGACGUGGCCAUGGAAAGGAAGACCAGAAAGAAUGGGUACCAGUCACUAAGUUAGGACGUUUAAUGAUAGAUGGAAAAAUUCGAUCACUCGAAGAAAUCUACUUGUUUUCAUUACCCAUUAAGGAAUUUGAAAUCAUUGAUCAUUUCAUUGGACCCGACAAAAAUGAUGAGGUAUUGAAAAUAAUGCCAGUACAGAAACAAACUCGUGCCGGACAACGUACUCGAUUCAAGGCUUUUGUUGCUAUUUGAGACAGAAAAGGUCAUAUCGGUUUGGGUGUGAAGUGCAGUAAAGAAGUUGCUACAGCUAUCAUAGGAGCUAUUAUUUUGUCUAUAUUAUCUGUAGUACCUGUCCGUAGAGGUUACUGGCGUAACAAGAUUGGUCAACCUCACACAGUACCUUGAAAGGUAACUGGUAAGUGUGAAUCUGUUCCUGUGAGGUUAAUUCCAGCUCCUCGUGGUACUGGAAUCGUAUCU